AUGCCAAAGAGAAAGUCUCCAGAGAAUACAGAGAGCAAGGAUGGAUCCAAAGUAACUAAACAGGAGCCCACCAGAAGGUCUGCCAGGAUGUCAGUGAAACCUUUUCCACCAACUAAACCAAGAAAAACAUCUGCAGAGAAAGAACCCAGAACUAAAGUUAAUAUAGGUGCCAAAGGAAAGAAGGAGGAAAACCAAAAAGCUGGAAGGGAAGGUACAGAAAACUGA